AUGUCGCUUUUUGUUCCAGCCGGCUACUACCAGCCUGCCGGUCCGCUGAUCACAGUCCCCGGGGCGGCACAUCACCCAGGGGGCGGUCAACCGCCUCUAUCACAGCCGCCUCUUACCAAAAGCGUCCCGCUAUCCGAUGGAUCGCCCGUUUCGACCACGCCCUCUACAUCUGCGCACGACGUUGCUCCGCCUACGAAUCCUACUCCAGGACUCGGUGCAGGGUCUACGAAUGGGGAUUCCAGUGAUAGUGAGGUGAUAAUAACAUCAGUAACAACGGGUUGUGGCAGCGCAGGAAGCAUCAGCAGCAAAGACCCGCCCCCACUGGGUGUGCCUUCUUCCCACCAUCCACCGCCCCCACCGCAUUCCUACCGAUACGCCCCCUCCCAGUACCCUCCACCACCUCCCAGUUAUCCGUAUUCCUACCCUGCAACCUAUCAUUACGCUCCGCCCCCUGGUGCAGCGCAGUACAGUGCGGCGCCGCCACAUGAGCUGUGCUAUUCGCCAGGGCCGGCUUAUGUGCAUAAGUACCAGUAUAGGCGGUAUUUGGGCACGCACCAGUAUUAUGGUACGGCUGGGGAUGUGUACGCGCCCCCGCCGGUACCGCCGGCUGUUGUUGGUCAACAGAGUCAACAGGUGGUCACCGCUCCAGCGUCAGGCACCUCGACCCUUUCAACAGGCAGUACCGGGUCGUCGUACGUGUCCGCCCCAACGGGUGGUGGUCCACCUCCGCCCUUGGUUGACACAUACGCGGCCGGUGGACCGCCCCACCAAGCCGCAUUGGUUGAGGCGUACCAACCGGCGCCGCCCCAGCAUUAUUACGCGCCUGCAUAUGGACCGCCUCCACCACCACCGUGCUACACCCACUCGCCGGCAGCCGCCUCCAGGGGAAUACCUUACAUCAACGCCACAUAUCAGUCGUGCCCGUGCCCAAUCCAGUCGUGUCCAAAAAACGGCCAUGCUGGGCCUCUUACUGGUGCUGACGGUAAGAGGUCGUCGACCAACUCGUCCAAACAGCAACAGCAGCAACAACAGCCGCUGCCGCCGGUCGCUUUGGCACUACCUUUGGAGCCAGCGUCCGCCCAUGGACCUCCGAGCCCCGCCCGAGGGUCAGCAGGGAUGCCUCCGCCCCCUUCACCUGCGGGAGCGACUUAUCACCAGCCGCCGCCCGCGCAGGCACAGCCGCAAGCGCCACCCACGUUGGUGGGAGGCGGUGCUACGGUGCAAGUGUCGCCUAAGAGGGAGGAGCCUACGCAGCCGGAAGGGAACCAAGCGCCCACGACGGGAACUGACCAAGAUGGGAAAGAGAAGAAGAGGAAGGCUAGGAUUGGAAAGGCUAUGGUACGAAAUAACAUAAUGCAACAGAACACGAUGUUGCUGAUGUGCAAUCCCCCUCAGAACUUCGUCAAGAGGGAAAUAGUGAGUCCGAAGGAAAAGGACGUGAUAGAAGAGAAAAAGGACAACGUGAGUCCGAUCCAAGAGGAAAUCAAACCAGUGACUCAGGAAUUACCAGUGCCAUGUCCGGAACCAACGGAACAGCCCGCAAACAAUAAUCCUGACGUAGCCAUAGUUGAACCGAAAGAGGAAGUAGUCGAAGUAGAAAAGGAGAAUAACAAUAACAACAUCAUUACUAACCUACCUGAGAAACCAGUGGUAGAAGAGACCAUACUCCCACCAGUAGUGAGUACCGUAGCUGAAAAUGUGAAAGUAAAAAAUAUGAAACGGAAACUUUCCGUGUGCAAAGAAAAAGUACCUGAGCCCGAAUUGUCACCUCCUCCCAAGAAAAAGCAGAAACUGGGAUCAUACAAGAUGCUUAUCAAGAGGGAAACCAACUGUGUUAAAAUACAUAAUGGGAAGAGGAAGUUGAUCAGCGAAAACGGAGUUACGAACAGGAGACCGAAGAUGAAGACAGGGAUAGCCAAAAAGAGAAAACUCAGUUUGGUUAAAGAACAAUUAAAUAAAAGGUCAAAGCUGUCGACAUUAGAUAAUCUAAAGCAAGUCGCCGCGAAGCCGAAGAAACCAGAGGGCGUGACGACAACAGCCGCUAAGAAGCUGUCAAAAAAACAGACGACAAGCAGUACCAAAACAGUUCCGACGUCGUUGGAUACGCUUAUCGCCCAAGACAGCAUUGACAGGACUAUCGAGAGUGUAAUUAGUGAAGUGUGUCAUAACAGGACACUGCCCGACAAGAGUAGUGCCAAAAAGACUGUGAGCAAGUUAAAGGAGGGAAAACCGAAGGAAGCUACAUCCAAAGAGAUCAAAUGCAAGAAGACGACGAAGGAAAUAGCGACGAAAGAUAAACCGAAGGAACCAAAAGAAGUGAAGGAUAAAGAAUCUUUGAAAGAGGUGAAGCCCAGUAAGAACGUGAAGUGCAAAAAGAUAGCGUCGAAAAAGAAGACGAAAAGUGUGGAAUGUGUUGAAGUGCCACAACUUAUCAACAAAAUACCGAGGCGGUCGUUACAAGGUCCGAGGUGGUCAAAUGGAUGGUCAUGGGAAGGUGAUCCUUAUGAAGCCAAGGUUUUCAUAAAUAGCGAUGAAGUGACAGCAGUCCGCAGAUGCUUCCCGGCAAUGAGGCACAUGGAAGGCGAUAAAAUUGUACCAAGGGACUGUGUUUUGUUGAAGGCCGGCCCUAGAAAGAAUGAUUUACCGUUUGUGGCGAAGAUUGCCGCACUUUGGGAAAAUCCCGAAGAUGGUGAAAUGAUGAUGUCUCUGCUGUGGUACUACCGACCCGAGCACACGGAGCAAGGGAGAUUACCGACAGAUCAACCAGAUGAAGUAUUUGCUUCAAGGCACAAAGACUCCAAUAGUGUAGCGUGUAUCGAUGACAAGUGCUACGUCCUAACCUUCAAUGAAUAUUGCAGGUAUCGCAAACGAUACAAACGCCUGGAAGAAGGUAUCGAAGAAACUCUUCCAUGCAUUCCAAAUCCGGAGCCAUACCCGCGAUCUCACCGUCAACCUCCCUCGUCAGAUGUCUCGCCGGAAAUGGUAUUCUUCUGUCGGAGGGUGUAUGAUUUCAGGCAGAAAAGGAUUAUCAAAAAUCCCACUUAGGCCCAACGUUAUUAUUAUCUAUUAUGUAUAUAUUUGUUUUAGUUUUCACCGUAGUGCAAACGGCGACUGUACAUGUAUAGAAUACGCAUGUCAUCGACUGUGGAAUAAGGUAAUUCAGGCAUUAGAACGAUAUGAGACAACGCUCAUAUGAUGCAAUGCAAUAAUUAUAUUGUACAGAGAGGUAACAUCUUGAAAUUGCCCUUUUUACUUGAAGAGGGCCUAAACGUCGUGUUUUUAAACAGCAUUUCAAAAAUAUUUUCACGUUGCAUUUACGGAUAUCAACCACCGAACCAAAAAACGAUGCCCUUCAAGCUUUAUACGAUUUUUUUCAAAUAUCCAAAUUGAAAUUAUACUGGAAAAUGUCAUGUUUUAACUACGAGCUCAUUUGUAUUGGUACAUGGAUUACCUCAGGGACAAAACGGUAGAUUUCUUAUUUUCUAUAAAUUGUGACCAAGUAACAUCUCAAACAUACCAUUAGAAUCUCGAAAACUGUGUCAAUUGCAUUAAGGCCAGGCGGGAUAUUACACGAUUUAUGGUGGGUUCAUGCAAGACUUAACGUAACUUAACCUAAGAAAAUGAGCAUUUAAAGCGCAUGCGCGGCCAGGGUUGCCAAUGUAGCAAUGGCGACAAUAUCAACAUUAAACACACUAAUAAAAUCAUAUGUUUAACGUCAAGGUAGCAGAUGAAAGAGUUUUGUGUUACGAGGACUUGCGGACCAGUCUUGACAUUGACAAGUGGCCCAUCCCCACAUGUUCGGAUAAUAGUCCAGAUAAUAUCGGAACAUCUGCUCGGAAAAAUCUUCCGAGUCCGAUUUUUGCAUAAUCGGGACUAGGCCCAAAAUAGCUCCAAAAAUUGUUAUUAAACCGAUUCCAAAAAGUGUUUUUUUCGCUUUGUUUAAAGUAUUUUGCGGCUUUUAGGACAUUCUGAACAAAAAAUGAGCUUUAGAACUUUUCUCUAUACUUGAUAUAUUGUAUACGCAAUGUAAAAACUCAAAAUAUACCAUUUGCUACCCCAAAAACAAUAUGAAAAAUUAAUAUUUUGAUGUUGCCAAAUCGCACACAACCAACCAAUAACAAAACCCUCGGAGCAUUUUAGGGAGUACAGUUAUUGUAAAUAUUUGCAUAGUAAUUGUGAAUUGAAUGCGCGCUCAAUGUAUAGUCGAUGUCUAUGUGAACGCGAGUGAGAGAUGAAAUAUCUCUCGUGCACGCUGAAUUUACAUUGAGCGUGCACUUGCUUAUCAAUUAAAUACAAAUGUUUAUAAUAACAGUAUCUCCUAAAAGGUAUCACAAUUGUGUUAAUGGUUAUUUAUGAAGCAUGGUGACAUUAACAUUUUCGUUUUUUCAGAUCGUUUUUCGGUAUCGCAAAAGCAAUUUUUUGUACAUUCCCAUCUCUUACAAAAUCAACUAUAGACAAACAUUGUCAAACAUCGUUUUGUUUCGGAGUAUCAAAAAAAACGAAUACUACCUUUGAUGAAGCGAAAACAUUAUUUUUUGUAAUUUAUUUGAAAAAGUUGUAUAAACAAUUAGAGACGCAAUUUGGGGCCUGACAACAUAUAGAUUUGUUACAAGGAGGCUUUUUCGAAUAACGUGCAAAAAAUCCGAAUCGGCAUAUUUUCCCUAGCAGAUGUAAAGAUAUAUUUCUUGGACUAUAUCCUCGACACCAGCGCCACCUUUCUUGGUUGGAAAUCUGGUGGAACUAUAAAUAUUGAAAGUAUGCCGACAACGCAAGUCAGGAAUGUGCCGGCGAUUUCAUUUGUUUACAUUACGAAAUCUGGCAUGACCUUCCCGAUAUUGAGGCAGUUCGAUGAUGCAUAACACAUCCUCAAUAAAGGAAUUAUUUCUUUCAUCAGUUUGGGUAGUAAUGGAUUUCAGGAUAAUAAAAAAAUGUCUAAUUAAAAAAAUAUUUAUUGAACAGUCCCGGCAAUAAUAGAACAAAUUCUUCAUUACAAUAAAUACAUUUUAAAUACAUAGAAGUAUUCUACCCAUCUGGAUUUUUCUCUAUAUUAUGAACUUGAUAAUUGCAAUAUCAUGCAAGCACUAUCGCUUGUUAACACAUAAACACUAAAAUAACAAAAAAUACAUCUGUAGUUAGAGGACUGACUGAAAUACAAAUAUAAAGUCUCUGAUAUGUGAAUCAAAAACAAUUUUGCACACACUGUUAAUGGGUGAAGGCAAACAAAAUUGUCCUCAACAAAAAAAAAAAAAAAAAAACGUAAAACACUAACUGUUUCUUCAAACUAGGAAACAAACUCCUGAUACCACCAAAUUAAUUGUCAAUAACAAUUAAUUUGGUAUCCAUAAAAUAAAUGACGAUCUUCAUUCCAACUGUCUCUUUGAAGGAUGUUGACACUGUGAAACAAAAAAAAAUUAUUGGCAUAAUAUCACUGUCAUAUUUGGUCAGCAAACACUAAACAGAAACAUAGUCAUCUCAUCACGCCCCUUCAGAUGAUACUGCUCGGUACAUUACAUAUAAAUUCCCAAUCUGCCAGUAUACAUUUGAUUGCCAAAAUUCUCAGUCAGAGAAAGCAUGUAUGUGUAAACAAAUUUUGAUUGGUGAUACCAAACACCAGUCCUUAAUUUGGUCCUGGGCUUUACCAGAUUAAUUAUUUAUUAUUACGUGCUACUCAUCUGUUUACCUCAAUAAACAUCAAAAGAGAUUACAUAUUUGGUGGGCUGCGAAUAAACAGCAUUGGCCAGGUGUACACCUGGUUCGUAGUUAAUGACAAAGUACCUUCACAGAGUUCUGUGAGGUUUUGGAAAGACAUGUCAUGGGGGAGCAUGGUACAGAUUUAAAUUCUCUUUUUUUCUGUAGGGGCUAGAACUUCCCAACAUCACCACUGGUACAGUCUCAGACAUGAAAGUGUUUGUAUCUAUCUACUAUGAUGUCAGUACUACAAGCACAAAAUUUUAAGAUCAUAUCCAUUUUUUUUUUCGUUUUCUAAAAUAUAAUUUCAACAUCAUCUAUCUUGGUAGGAGGGCAAUUUAAGACCCAUGUUUAUUUUUUUCAUGCUAGUUUUUGAUCUACUUUAUGCUGUAGCAAUACUGAUAUGUUUUACUGAAACUACACACUUUGUUAUGGGAUGAAGUUAACAUGACCACUGACUUUAUUUAUUAUGAUUUUUAACAUUUUUUUUCUUCCAAGUACAACUCUCACCAAACCAUCUGCCCAUACAGCGAUAUAAAAUCGAUCUAACAUCACGAUAUAAAUAUUGACUACCGACGUUUGUACAGUAUCGAUGGCUCGUACCCAUCUUCUAAUUCCAGCUGUAGCGAUCAGCUGACCAACGCUACUGAUCCGAUUGGUUGGGUGUUAAGAUAAAGUUCAAUAUAUUGGACUUUAUUUUAUUUUAUUUUAAGAAGUGACCUUGAAUUAAGAAAAUGACCAUAACCUGAAUAUAUUCAGUCAUUUAUGCAAAAAUGUACUGAUUUGUAUACUUACUGCAACGUCAUCAUUAUUCGCUGCUCUGGCGAUGUCCGAUUCCGUUCAGGUGUCUUCUGCAGAUACCUCUUCACCACGGUCAGGAGUUAAUACCAGCGCGACUUUUCGUUUGCUGCUCUAGGUAUGGCCAUCCUCAAUUAAUCGCACAAAAAACAAGUCCAACGCAGUAAAACCCACACGAAAGCAAACACCAAAACAAAUCUCUACCGCAAAUUCGCCAACAACUCAAACAAAAACAACAGAUGAUUCACCGCCUGGCUUGGUCCGUAAUUCGUCGUGGAACAUUACGUUAAGUUGUGCAUGAACUCGACAUUAGUUUAGUAACAUAGAAACAUGUGCUCGAAAUAUAAAUAUUUUCUAACCUCAAAUUUGACCAAUUUCGGAGUAUUAUACUUGACUUCGUUGCAACCGAGUCUUAAGAAACUUUCAUACACAGUAUUUUUGUAGAACGGAAAAGGCGAAUUUUCCUUGAACAGAAGAAGCAAUUUAUUUUUGAAUUUUAUCCCAAAUUAAAUCAAGACCAAAAAAAGAUUUUGUGAAACUCUUCUGAUUUUGUCGUGUCGUGCAGGUUUAGAAUGUCAUACAUGAACUGUGCUCCGAACCUAACACAUAGUCCAAAACAUGAAUGACAUACAGGGCGUUCCAUUUAAAAUUCGACCUUGAGACACUCUGUAUAUUUUAGUAUCCCAAAAUGAAUGGUAUCAUCUUUGGUGCAGUCGCCUUUUCAACUACUGUUUUAUUGACGUUUAUUUAUUUUUUGUUAUUCGUUUUUGUAUUUUUUGAACAGCGAUUCAUUUGGAAUGCUCAGUGACUUUUAAGCAGAAGAAUUUUUACUACUAUUUUCUAAGCUAAGCUAAAGAAUAAAAAGGAAACGUAAUACAUUUUUGGCAGUAUGCGGAUUUUAAAAAGUGAUAGUACUAUUUUUACAUGUUGUAUCUACAAUGCCGAAAUUCAAGUUCACUGUGCAUUCUGUACCAUGCAUUAUUGAAAAUUUUGUUAAUUCUUUUUUAUUAUUAAAUUAUGAAAGUGAGAAGUGUAUAAUCAAGAUCAAUUCUAAUGGAUCCAAGUUUUUUCACACAAAAAAGUCAACUAAAUUUGAUACAUAUACAUAUUGUUGAAAUAAAAAAGUAAGGGGAUCACUGUAUUAUAUUUAAAAAAUAGUUAUCAAGAAUGUUGUAUAGACUAUAGAGAUGAUAUAUUUAACAUAAAAAUGAAAUAUUUAUAAAUUAGUGUUAGUAUCCGCUGGUGUAAAUGGUGUGUGCUUUUUUAGAUUGUAGUUGUGUUCUAUGUCGUCUCCUUCAGAUCUUUUAUAACAAUUGUAAAAGUAGUUGGUGGUUCAUUUAUCAUACAAUUAUUACAAUUUUUUCUGUAAAAGUCAGACUGGGUUGUUAGCGCUACUAUGUACAGUAUGCUCCUGUUCCAUAUCUUAUAAGCAGUAAUUAACGCAUUUAGAGAAUAAUAUAUAUAACCAAAUUUCAUAUUAGUACUGAAAUCCCUAAAAAGGGGCAGACUAGCACUAUGCUGAACUUCGCCCCUAAUAAAGACGAUUAUAUUAUAUUUAAUUAUAAUUAAAAAAAUCAGUAAAAUGACUAGAGCAAAGUGCCCAAAAACAUAUUAUUUUAUUAUUUAUUGAAAAGAAUAUAAAAACUAUUUAAAAGUAUGUUUAGAAAGCGUACAAAUUUUGCUUUAUAAUGCUUUACACGUUCAUAAAUUUCAGUUGAAAAUUAUUAAAAUGGUCACUUCCAGGAACCUUACAUACCUGAUUUGAAAAGUUCAAAAACCAGAAUUUAAACAUUUCAGCAUAGGCGUAACAACCGCCGUAUCAAUGACACGGGGCCCCCAACUUGCAGGGAUCCAGACUGUGUAAGAAGAAAUUCGUAGUGUUAUCUACAGUCUCGCGCAAGUUUUUAAGCAAACAUUUCUCAAAAUCUUAAACAGCAACAGCUGAGAAAAUCACUCCCAAGUUGAAGAUGACUAAAUUAGCUUAGGACCUUUAUGAAACAACUAUGACUAUCAGACUUGACAAAAACUCGAAACACUGCAAUCGCCUUGAGUUUUGGAUAAUUGUAUAAAUAAAUUUUGGGAAAAAAUAGUGUCAUGUAGUGUCAUACUUGGUAUUUCAUCCGUAUUCACAUCUGCCUAUUGUCAGAUUUUCCGUACAUACAAAUAGAAAAUAUUUGACGAACACAUGCUUUUUGAUUAUAGAUUUUUAUAUGUAAGUCAAAAAUAAACUCAUCCAUUUUUUUUACUCCGAUCUAACCUAAAGUGAACAAAAACAUCAACUAGCUUUCAAAAUAGUAACCUCUCCAAGUUUUCAAAAUAGUAACCUCUCCAAAAAAUUUUAAUUACAGUCAAGUUUUCCAAAGGCUAUAAAAGCCAACAAAAACAAAAUUUGAGAAAGAUCUGAAGAUGUUUUGUUGCUCCUUAUUUUAUCAAAAUUUUUGCAGCCUCUUCCUAGAUUACGAGAGUAACAACGACCACUCACAGACGAAAAUGAGUGAGAUGGAUUUACGUGUUGAUUGUGAAAUCAUCAAAACAUUGCUCUUCAAAGUUCUAUUUUUUUGCGAUCACAGCACCUUGCUUAUACAUGGGGAAGUAAAUGACAAAAACAGCGAUUUUGUUAGUUGCCCACCUUGCAGCAUCAGUUGUAAAAAUCAAAUUCUUAGUCACUACGCAAUUAUUUGGUCCAAUGGAAGUGUUUUGUUUCUUUUGUGAAACAUUCUUACCCACUGUUUGUGAUUCACUACAACUGAGUAGAGUCACUGACUGUACAAAAAAAAAAUCUGUUGGAACAACAUUCAACUCGUUAGAGUCAAUAGGUUGAUGUACCAAAGCCAUGUGCCUGCAAUAUCCAAGUCUACUUUUUUCUCAUAGAUGCCUCUAGGAAAUCGUUUAUUUUUCCUUGCACGUUUGAAGUUACACAAAUCAUUCAAAGCCGGUGUCUGACUGAUUCAACAUGAAAACAAUUUUCGUGUGGAACAGAACAUACUGUAUAAUUUAUAUUCAUUCCAUUGCUCUAUAUUCCUUAAAUAUACAUAUAUAAUCAUGUUAUUUAGUAUCCAUAGAUCUGUAUCAGAUGGAUAAUACUUGUCUUUCAGCUAUAUAAUCAAAAGGAACAGUACUCUCCUUAUCUGUAAUUGUAAGUACUUAAAAAACAAUAGAGAUCUAUAGGACACAAGUCUACAUCUUUCAUACAUACUUGAUUUCGAACGUAACUUAUUUUGAUCAUCCACUAAAUAAAAUUCACUAUUCCACGAGGUAUAUGAAUAAGAAUAAUGAAUAUAUAAUAUAAUAUAGCCUGAAUGAUAUUGAAACAAAGUCUGUUCCCCUGUUCCUAUAUUAUUACUAAUUUUUCUACAACCCGGCCAAGAAAAUAGUUAUGACAAGCAACAAGCAAGAACCGAUUACUUAUAAUAAUGUUUUAUACAUCGAUUCUUAUUAAUUUCACUACUAGUAUAGAAAAAGGAUUGCUGCGCUUGUAUAAAAAAUUGUUUUUACAUCUUUGAGCUUGGAUAUUUUCAUUACGAGAAUGAUAUAUAAAUUCUGUCUUUUGCCUGCAUUUACAGUUCCAACACUCUUGUAGUGGUCGAUCCUGGUAAUAGAUGGAUGAUAAUAUCUGCCAAUUCAUCUGGGCCAGUUGCAUAAUUGUUUUUCAUAUACCUCAAAGAAAGAAUGGUGUUCUUUUCCUUGUCAUUUAUUCUCCAUUUAGCGAAUUAUUGAUUUUUUUCAGUCUUUUUCGUAGACUUCAUAUGUGAGGCAAUCAUGUUCCAAUCACCACAAUGAAAAUCUUCCAGUAUGCUAUAUGGUAUAUGUAUGUAAUUUAAAAUUGUAAUAAUUGCAUAAAAACAUUCUAAAAAGGUUAUUGACUAAGAAUGGUACCACAUCAGUACAUCUAAGAGAUUACGCGUUUUUUGCGACGUUAAUGAUAUUACAAGGUUUUGCAGAUGUGUUCUGAGUAGUGGCAACAAAAUAUACGUAGAUCACCGCUAGUCAUUAUAAAGUCAAAAUUACGACCUAGAUAGCUUGCCGAAGUUGUUUGAAAAAGAUUAAGUAUUGUUCUUGACGAUUAUUCCGCCGCCAAUGGGCUGACUCAAAUCCUGUAAGUCUUUUUUUUCUUCACACGAUAAGUAACCUUGUAUCAAAAUUUCCCAAAAACUGAACUGAACUUUUUGUGUUACAGAGGGGUCAAGCAUAAGUGAAAUAAUUGUUCGCUUGUAUGCGAGGAAUAUAAUAAAUCGAAGAUCAUUCAAGCUUUCGUGCUAGUACUGUAAAUGAUAUUUAAAAAAAUUAAUCAUAACAUUGCAUAACUGAAACAAGAUUACACACCAGAACAUAUUUUAUAUAUUUAAUACAGAACGUAUCUGCAAACUGAAAAUACUUCUAAUUGACAAUGAAUAAAUAUAAUGUCAAUAGUACCAUUCUUAAAAUGAAAAAGUACAUUUUAAAUAUACAAAGCAUUUUAGUAGUCACGAUGUAAAAGAAAUGUUAAUAUUCUUAUUUUUACAAUCACGGUAGUACCUAUUUUUUUAUUGUUUAGUGUUGUUUUGUAAUUAUAGAAAACUAAAAAAGUCGUCGUCUAUAAUUUGAGUAAUAUAUUAUAUUCCUAGCUCAUAGAGCCCUAAAAGUAUCUUAAUUUUAAAUUGUAGCCAAAGUUAACUUUAAUUUAUUAUAAAUUGUUUAUUAUUCUUUUUGUAAUUAUGUAGAACUCUCAAAUUGCAGGCCAGAAAGUAGAGCGAAAAAAUAAGAAGAUCAUUUAAUCUCAUUUCAUAUCGUGUAGUUGUUUUGUUAGAUAUGAUCAGUACAUAUUUUUCACCCCUUUUUAUUUUUUACUUUACUGACUGAACUACCAAUAUGUAUUAUUUUACGCCUUUAGGUGCCUUUUAUAUCUGUCUUAUAACGAAAUUUUAUGCUUAUUUCUUUUUUGUUUUAUAUUGUAUUUGUUUUUGGUCACCC